ACCAGUCAACGGAUUUAUACCAGAGGCCUUGAAGAGAAAGUUCCUCAUUCUCUAUUGUUCUGCAACAAGGUUUUCUUUGCCCGCUCAUCCAUGGCUUCACACAAGAACCUUCUCAGAAGUGAUGGUCUUCUUAAGUAUAUUUUGGAGACAAGUGUUUAUCCAAGAGAGCAUCAACAACUAAAGGAAUUGAGAGAAGUAACAAUGAAACUUAUAAGGGGAGAUAUGAGUGUCCCUCCUGAAGAAGGGCAACUUUUAUCAGUUAUUUUGAAGCUAAUGAAUGCAAGGAAGACUAUAGAGAUUGGAGUUUUCACUGGCUAUUCACUUCUCGCUACUGCAUUGGCAUUGCCAAAAGAUGGGAAGAUAAUAGCGAUCGAUAUGGAUAGAUCGUCAUUUGAAAUAGGUCUUCCUUUCAUUCAAAAAGCUGGAGUGGAAGAAAAGAUUAACUUCAUUGAGUCCAAAGCAAUGCCUAUCCUAGAUAAGAUGGUUGAAGAGGUAAAAGAUGAUAAGGAUGAAUUAUUUGAUUUCGCAUUUGUGGACGCUGACAAAGUAAAUUAUGAACAAUAUCAUGAAAGAUUGAUGAAAUUGGUGAAGAUAGGAGGAGCCAUUAUUUAUGACAACACGCUCUGGUAUGGUACUGUGGCAGAGCCUCUAGAUCCUUCACUCCCAGAGUGGAUGGUCGAUGUAAGGAAUCUCACCAUCAAGUUCAAUGAAUUUCUAGUUGGUGAUCCUAGAGUUGAUAUCUCUCAAGUUUGCAUUGAAGAUGGACUUACCAUUUGUAGGCGUAUCGCUUGAAAUAAGAUACGUUUUUCUUGCUUUCAUUUCAAAAAUAAAAAGCUUUCCUUUAAAACUAUAGUUUUGGAAAUAAGACUAUUUAAAUAUGGAAUCUCUUUGUUAUCUAUCCGUAUUUGUCUACUCAUGUUUAACAAUUUGCUUUGAGUAAUCAAUGAA